AUGGCGAAAUCACUAAGUCCUCUAAUAGCAUUAAAUCAGCGGAACGCCCACUUGCCUGGCGGUGCCCCACAGGAUGUUGGAGCCGAUACCUUACCUACCCUACAUUGUCAGACGAUCUUCUCUUCAUCGCCAUCUGCUUUGAAAAGAAAUCACAAGUCAAUCACAGUGCUGCAAUUCAUCCACGCCUCGGCAAGGAUAGCUGGAGAGCUUACCGUAGCCUUUGCGUCCGUUAGACUCGUCGCCUCCUUGAAGGAAGGUCUCUUCACUGAUGUCUCGUCAACGACCCUCCAGACGGACUGUCACCGUACCGUAGACUACAGGAAGCACGACUAUACGAUCAGAGAUGUCUAUCGGCAUCCCUCCGAUGGUUACACGCUUGCCUCCAAACAGCAGGCGCGACAAGACGGGCCCACCACAAGGAGCUCAAGUUUCAAGCCCACAGAACUGCGACUGGGAGCGAUGCGUGCACUAUGA